AUGGCAUCUGUUGAACAGCAUUGUGACACACUAGAAGAGGAAAAGCUGAAACACAAGGAAGUUCAGAUGAGCAGCAGCGCUCACACUGGAGUCAGUGUUGAUCUGAAUGCUCAGACGGGAGCAACUGUAAAUGCUCCUGUACUCGCUGGAAACACCAUCACAUCAGUGAUCUUCAACUACAACACUGCAGGAAACGAAUCACAAAAUUCCUCAGAAACAGAGAAAGCAGAGAAACAAGAUUUGAUACUGAAAAAAUUCUUGGAAACUCACAAAAACAACAUGAAAAAGAAAGCUGAACACAUUUUUGAAGGCAAAAAAGAAAAUGAUGCACAUCUCAAAGAUUUUUACACAGAAUUGUUCAUCACAGAGGGAGAUAUGAAAGAUGUCAAUCAGGAACAUGAGAGUCUGAAGAUUGAUGAUGCUUUCAAGAACAAAAUAACACAGGAUAAACCAAUCAAAUGCAAUGAUAUAUUUACUGAAUUGAAGAAAAAAAAUGAGGAAAAGAUUGUGCUGACUAAGGGAAUUGCUGGCGUUGGAAAAUCUGUCGCAGUGCAAAAGUUCAUCCUGGACUGGGCAGAAGGAAAAGCCAACCAGGAUAUAGAAUCUGUGUUCCUGCUUCCGUUCCGAGAGAUUAACUUAAUGACAAAUGAAGAUUUCAGUCUCCAUGAGUUUCUGCUGGAAUUUUAUCCUGAACUGGAGGACCUGGAGAAAUCAAAGUUAUACAAGAAAUGUAAGCUAGCAUUUAUAUUUGAUGGACUUGACGAGAGUCGUCUGCCUUUGGAUUUUAAAACCAGAUCAUUGAACACUGUUGAGAAAAGAUCAUCUGUAGAUGUGCUGUUCACAAGUCUGGUCAAAGGGAAGCUGCUUCCAUCAGCUCUUGUUUGGGUGACCUCACGACCAGCAGCAGCCAAUCAGAUCCCUCCUGAGUAUGUGGGUUUGUUCACAGAGGUGCGAGGAUUCACUGACCAACAGAAGGAUGAGUACUUCAGAAAGAGAAUCACAGAUGAGACUCUGGCCUCCAAAAUCAUCUCACACAUUAAGACGUCUCGUAGUCUCUACAUCAUGUGUCAUAUUCCUGUGUUCUGCUGGAUCACAGCCACUGUACUUCAGGAUAUUCUCAAGAACAACACAGAGAAUAUCAGCACAACACUCACUGAAAUGUACAUUCACUUCCUGCUGAUACAGAUGGACAUGAAGAACCAGAAGUACGAUGAACAAAAAGAAAGAGAACAUAAAAAACUCUUAGAUUCAAACAGAGAAAUGAUUAGGAAAUUAGCCAAGCUAGCGUUUCAACAGCUGAAGAAGGAAAACAUUGUGUUCUAUGAGGAAGAUCUGAAAGAAUGUGGUAUUGAUGUGAAUGUAGACACUGAGUUCACAGGAAUGAUCGCUGAGAUGUUUAAAAAGGAAGAUGGACUUCAUGAAGCAAAGGUCUUCUGCUUUGUGCAUCUGAGUGUUCAAGAGUUUCUUGCUGCAGUGCAUGUGUUCCUCUGUUACCUGAACAAGAACAUGCGAGAGCUUAGUUUUUUCUUUGAAGAUUCACAAAAUAGAGCCAGACAAAUGAUUCAGUUCAUCUUUAGAAAAGUCAAAUUUCAUGACUUAAUUAAGAGGGCCACUGAUAAAGCAAUGCAGAGUAGGAGAGGACAUCUGGACCUGUUCCUACGGUUUCUGCUAGGAAUUUCACUGCAAUCCAGUCAAAACCUGCUCAAAGGCCUGUUCACAAAAACUGAAGACACUACAAAGAGCAUCAGAAAAAUAAGUGCACACAUUAAACAAUUACAGAAAGAAAACAUCUCAGAUGAAACUUCAGUUAACCUAUUCUACUGCUUACUUGAGCUCAGGGAUCACUCAUUAUAUGAGGAAAUCCAGAAAUACCUCAGUUCAGAUGAACAUCCAGGAAGAAAUCUCUCAUCUUCAAUAUGCUCAGUGCUGACCUACAUACUGCUGAUGUCAGAGAAGGUGCUGGAUGAGUUCAACCCAAAGAGAUUCACAUCAUCACGAGCAAACUACAAGAGACUUGUUCCAGCUGUGAGAUGCUGCAAAAAAGCCCUGUUUGACGGCUGUGGUCUUGAUGAAACAUGCUGUGACACUGUGUCUUCAGCUCUCCAAUUAUCACACUCUUGUCUGACAGAACUGGACCUGAGUAACAAUAACCUGCAGGAUUCAGGAGUGAAGUUGCUUUCUGCUGGACUGGAGAGUUCACACUGUCAACUGAAAAUACUCAGGUUAUGUGGGUGUAAUCUCACUGCCCAGUCCUGUGAAAGUUUGUCUUCAGCUCUUCAGUCAUCAAACUCUCAUCUGACAGAGCUGGACCUGAGUAAUAAUGACCUGCAGGAUUCAGGAGUGAAGCUAUUUUCUGAUGGACUGAAGAGCCCAAACUGUCAGCUGGAGAUAAUGAGAUUUUCAAUAUGUAAGCUCACUUCUCAGUGUUGCGAGAGUCUAUCUUCAGCUCUACAAUCCUCAAACUCCAUCCUAAGAGAGCUGGAUUUGAGUAACAAUGACCUGCAGGAUUAUGGAGUGAAGCUUCUUUCUGAUGGUCUGAAGAGUGCAAACUGUAAGCUGGAGAUACUAAGAUUGUCUGGCUGUAUGGUGACAGAGGAAGGCUGUUGUCAUGUGUCUUCAGCUCUGAAUUUAAACCCCUCACACCUGAGAGAGCUGGAUUUGAGCUACAACCACCCAGGAAAUUCAGGGGUGAAGCUGCUCUCUAAAAAACUGGAGGAUUCAAACUGCACUCUGGACAAACUCAAUGUGGAUCAUGGAGGAAACUUCAGGAUUGUAGCAGGACUACGAAAAUAUGCCUGUUGUCUCUCACUGGAUCCAAAAACAGCAAACAAGCAUCUCAUUCUGUCUGAGGAGAACAGAAAUGUGACACGUGUAAGACAUUAUCAGCCAUAUCCUGAUCAUCCAGACAGAUUUGAUUAUUGGGAUCAGGUGUUGUGUGGAGAGAGUGUGUGUGGACUCUGUUACUGGGAGGUUGAGUGGAGUGGGAUUGUGGCUAUAUCAGUGUCAUAUAAGAGCAUCAGCAGGAAGGGAGGGGGUGAUGAGUGUAUGUUUGGAUCUAAUGAUCAGUCCUGGAGUUUGUUUUGCUCUCCCUCCAGUUACUCAUUCAUACACAAUUGCAAAGAGACUGAACUCCCUGUAGAGUCCAUCAUCAGUAGAAUAGGAGUGUAUGUGGAUCAGAGAGCAGGAACUCUGUCCUUCUACAGCGUCUCUGGAGACACAAUGAUCCUCAUCCACACAGUCCAGACCACAUUCACUCAACCGCUCUAUCCUGGGUUUAGGGUUAAUGGAUCAGUGAAACUGUGUUGAUGAAUCAGAGUAGAUUGUAGAGAUGGCCAUACCUGAGGUAUCUGGGGCCCCAGUGCAGGAUGCUGGGGGUUUGGGGGGUGUGUUAGUGUCCCUAGAAUUGUCACCACCUUUUGCUCUACCAGCGACGGCCUUGCCCAUUAUACUUUGAGCAGCAUGAAAAAAUCAGUAA